AUGAAGACAAAAAAAUCUAAUACUACUGGUAUGGCAACCGAUGAACAGUAUAUCUCUAAAAUACCAUGGAUCCCUCAUAUGGAUUUUUUAAAAAUACUGAUGGUUAUGCCAGAGAAAACACAGAAAAUUUGACACCCAACACUGCUUCACAGGGUUCAGCUUCAGGAUCCAGUAAUGAUGAGUUUACCAUACCACGCACACCUACAAGAAACAAAAGGAAAAUUGCAGAUCCGCUACUUAAAGCGGUACAUACAUUGGAACAGAUUUCCUCGCAACACGUGCCUAAUGCAGGCAAUGAUGAGUUUGCACUGUUUGGGCAAACCGUAG